AGAAGUGCGCCAUCAAAGCAUGUCGUCCGCCGAGGACUUCUCCUCAUCGGAUGACUUAACCAUAACGAGCACAGAAUCACAUUACGCAUCAGCACAAGAAGACUUGACGGACGCGCAGAGCGUCGUCUCGAAGGACUCCUUGAAAGAGCAGAGCGAGAAACCCUCAGAAGAAUCCUCGAGUACGCAAGAGGGGACUCCUAAACCUUCUGAAGAAUGUUCAACUACUCUCGAGGAAACUCCCAAACCUUCUGAAGAAGCUUCAACUACAGAAGGAACUCCGCAAAUCGUUCACCCCAACGUUGAAAGGUCUUUGGCUGAAGACUUCUCUUCACGUCGCAGUCCAAAGGAUUCACCUACGAGAUGGACUGAUAUGUUUUCAUCUAAAAGAAUCAAGAAGAAGAUUCAUAAACUUGGCGAUACCUGGAUGGGGGUCCACAUCCAGGAAGAUGAUCGUAAUUGCACUGAUGAAAUGAAUGUUGCUGCGCAAGAACUACGUUCAUUGUCUUCCUCAGAGCUCAACGGUCGAGUUGAGCAAGUUUUGAAAGACAGGAAUGUCGAUCAGAAGAUGAUUGACGCAAUGCUUCAUAGCAUGGGUGACGAACGGAAGCGCUUGAUACUCACACAACAUAUGAAAACUGACGUUAUUUGUACAAAAAAGACUCCUUCGAUGAUGAUAGACCAACUCGUCGAAGUUUUGGAGAGUGAGAACGUACUCGAUAGAAAGAAGGAUAUUACCACACUGAAGGUUGUACUCACUGGUGAAGGCGUAAGAUAUCUGUCUGAGUUUGCGAAGUAUGGCAACGAGCGAAGCGAAGAGAAUGGUCUGCAACUGAUCUGUAGGCUGUUCGGAGUGAUCUUGCAACAACUGAAAAAUGCUCAAGAAGACACUUCUGAAUCUCGUGAACUUCUGUCGCUUCUUAUGGAAGUCGUUCGAUGCAUACGAACGAUCAUCAACACAUAUCCUGGAUUGGAACUUGUGCUCCAACGGGAUUCACGUGUGAUCAGUCGAUUGAUAGAAGGCCUCUGCGUGGUGAAUAGAAGAAAAGCCAAAGAAACAGAGGAGACUGAAGCGAUUCGAGCCUUACGAGCAGAGACUGUGAAAAUUCUCGCAUCUGUGGGUAUGGUGAACCAAGAAUCCACAAAGAAUAUUGAGAUGGAAAUGACCGGAGCUCAGAAGAUAAUGAAGGAACUUACCUUAUUGGCUGGAAAGUUUAAACAGCCGCGAUUCAAGCCGAUCUUGGAUUGCUUACGAUACUGCAAAGAAUCAGAUGUGGAUCAUGUUUACCGUAUUCUGAUUACGGUAAACUUGCUCAUACACAGUAGUGACCGAGAGUUGAGUGAGGAUCAGUCAUGGCAAGUUCGAAUGGCUUUGCGAUCUGAGUUGAUGAGGGAUGGUUUUGGCAAGUACAUCAAUACUGUUGUUAUGCUCUCAAAAUCGGAUGAGCGAAUCCGUGAAGUGUACAGUGCAUUCACAUCCAUUCAAGAUGAUGACUUUAAUGAGCUCGUUUCACGAUUUGAAACAUUACGUGGCGAAUAUGAAACGCUUGGAGGAUGUUUUGAGCUUUUGGCUUCUACAACUGCUAAUACGGCAGUAGAGCCAGUUCUUUUGAGCAUCAUGCAACAUCUUAUGAUCAUACCUGAGGAUGUCUCAGUCAGGCUUUCGUAUUUUCGCCUCAUCGAAAGUUGCGUGAAUGAGAUUGUACUACACAAAAAUGGAGUUGAUCCGGACUUUGAUUCGGUGUUCCACUUUGAAACACCCAUCAGCGAGAUUAUUGAUCAGCUACAAGAUGCCGAGUUUUCGCGAAAACUUGAGCAAGCUGUGCAAGCGAAGCAAGAAGCUGUUGCCAAACAAAUGCAGUACUGGAAGAAACUGGACGAGUUUCGCAAUGAGGCUACGCUUUUGAGAAAACACAUAGAUAACCCCAAGGAACCGAUUCCACCUGCAACCGUUUGCACUCUUCAACAACCAGUCGAGCAAGCUCUUCCAUCUACCAGCCGACUCCAACCUGCUGAAAAUGGUUUACCACCUGUCACAGGAGGUCCUCCUCCUCCACCACCACCUCCUGGAGCUGCUCGAAUCACAGGAGGUCCUCCACCACCUCCACCUCCUCCACCUGGAUUGGGUGGUCCCCCUCCUCCGCCCCCUCCUCCGAAUCUUUUGCGGAGUGGCGGUGGUCCGCCUCCACCUCCACCACUCGGCGGACUCUCUGCACCACCUGCUCAACCGGCAAUCCCUGAGUUCCUUCCAGCCAAGAAGAAACGAGUAGUCGAUGUGCCAAUGCGAAAAUUCCCAUGGACUGGCAGUGCCAUCAAUCCUCGAAGUUUGAAUCGAGAUUGCUUUUGGGCGAGCACAUCAGAAGAAAAUCUAGUCAGCGAAUCAGUUUUGGAGGAGUUGAAGGAGAGAUUCGCAACCUCAAGGACUGGUUCAAAAUCUACUGACACUCUCAAAAGCACCAAACCGCCAAAGAAAGUGAAGCAACCACAGAUUGUGAAGGAUGAGAAGAUACUACAAGCCCUUGCCAUUCUGCAAGGGUCAGUGAAGCUGUCACAAAAGCAAUGGCGGAAGGGUUUGCUACAGAUCGAUGACUCAUUGCUAUCUGCUAACACUCUGCAGCAGCUGAGGACGGCGCUACCACCGUUAGACGUCAUCAAAAAGCUUUCUGAAGUGGAACCGUCUGUAUUACAAGAAAUGCCAGAGGGAGAGCAGUUCUUGGCGUCACUAGCAUCCAUCAAAGCUCUACCACUGCGGCUUGACCUCAUCAUCUUCAAACUUCGGUUUCAGGAAAUCUUGAAUGAUCUUAAGCCGGGUAUCUCUUGUGUUAUGGAAGCUUGUGAUGAAAUUCGGCGAUCGCAUGGCUUCAAAACGUUCCUUGAACUUGCCCUGCUGUUCGGAAACUUCAUGGGCCAAUCAUCAAAGACUUAUAAAGACACAUUUGCCUUUGAGAUGAAUGUGCUCACGAAAUUGAUGGACACGAAGGAUAUCGACAAUAAAUACACGCUUCUACACUAUAUGGUUGACUCUAUGCGUAAAUGUGAUCCGAAGCAUUGCAGAUUUGCUCAAGAAGAUUUCUACCAUUGUGUUGCGGCGGCGCGAGUGAAUGCGGAUGAGCUCGAUAAGGGUGUAGCAGCACUACGGCAGAAUGUCACUAAGCUGGAUAACUGCCUGAAAACCUAUCAAAAGCAGUCCGACGAUGACGCUUUUGUUGAAAUAAUGGGUCCGUUCUUGGCAAAAGCUCAGAGUGAAUUAGAUAUCAUAACCACGCUGCACGGCAAGAUGAAAUGCGAUUGGUCCAAUUUUGCCAAAUACUACGCAUUUGACACGAAGAAGUAUCCUAUGGAGCAAUUCUUUACAGACAUGAAGUUGUUCAAAGAGCAGUAUGAGGGAGUCUAUCGGGAGUUGGAGAUGGAGAGGUUGAGAGCUGAGAAGGAGCAUGAAGACUCGAAAACUAAGAAGAAGAGAGCGCCUCCUCCUGCAAAAGAGCAGCCGGCACGAGUCAGCAUUGGUGCCAGUCGACUCCAGACGGCUGUUGAUUCUCCUGGUGUACUAGAUGAGCUUGACAAGAUGAUGGCCGGUGGAGGGCUAGCGAAACUUCUUCAAGGUCCCAGAACACCGCGGAACGCAGGGCGGACGAAAACAGGAAGGGCAGCUUUGCAACGACAGCGGUCUAGAGGGGCCGAUUUUCUUCUUCGUGAAGCUCUUGAGAAUGGCAGUGUCAGCGCCCAUGCUCCGCGAGCACCGUUAUCGGUCAUAGCACCAGCACCUGAGAAAGUGCGAAUACGUCGGAAAGGUGCUCCAACAGUAGAGGUAACACUAAGGCCUGCUGAAACCUCACCAGGUCAUAAGGAAAACAACGGAUCACCUACGACAGAUGAACUGUUAGCACGGCUGCAACAGUAUUGAUAAUAAAUACACAGCUUUGCGUGUUCGAAUGUUCAAAGCACAGUCUUUUGAGGCUUUGCGGCACUUUAGUCUCUGAUGAUUGAUCAAAGGCAUAAUAUGUUGUUGUAAGAUUGUUGCGAUUCACUUCUGUUAGGAUUGCCUUGUACUCUGUGAUUGUUUUCGACAACUCACUUGCCGUUUUCACACUCUUGUAAAAUUCUAAGCGGGAUUCUGUGUUUCGUUUUGUAGAUAGAGUCUAGUCUAUGUCCUAAUCGGGUCGUAAGGAAGCAUGUAGUGUGCCACCUCUGCAGCAUGUCUCUGAUGUCGCAUAUCUCGUUUAUCGUUUGGUUUGAUUGUCGUAUAAUGUUGAAUAAAUUAGUAAUAUUAAGAGAUGAGCACAAGUUGUGGAU